AUGAAAGGCAAGACGUCUCUCCUUGCCCUCCUAAUGAGUUUUAUUCUUUACUUCAUGGAUAUAAUCUCCGACAUCUACGUGGCGUUUCAAUAUUACAAGAACGGCGAAAUCUGGUGGUCUGCAAUCACUCUGGUUUUUGUGAUUGUUCCUCAUGUCAUAAUCAAUACUUAUGCUGCUUAUAUAAAUGUCAAUUUUCUUUGGGUGAGUGCACGUAAAUCAUUCCUGAUGUGGAUUUUCCAAAUAUCUAUUCUUACAUCGUUCAAACAAGAAUUUACUCGAUGGAAAAGGGAAAAUUGGAAGAAUAAUGGGAACACAAGAGAUGAACAACAUUCCGCAAAUGUUACCGGACUUGAGAUGCACAACAGUAGAAAUGAACAACACUCAGCAGAUGUGACUUUAACAAUGCAUCAUACAUUUCUUUGUCUUGCUGAAGCUUUUGCUGAGUCAGCACCUCAGUGUUGUCUUCAGAACUACAUUAUGAUCAGACAAUGGCAUUUUCCUUGGUAUACUGUCAUGUCCACUGUCUUGUCUCUCUUCUCCUUGGCUUGGAGCAUAACCUCGUUGGAAACUUCAUGUAAAACCUGUCAAUGGACCUGUGACCAGUCUAGUGAAUGGGUAUCUGUCUCUCAAGGCCCUGGGACUCAUGGUAGUCAGUGGGGUGAAAAGAAAGAGGUUAAGUCUUUUCCAAAAAUAUCCUUGGUAGUGUUUCUUGUUGCACAUCUGUGUUUGUUGGUUUCGAGAUUAACCUCACUCGUAAUUUUUGCCUACGUUUUCCGCUACUAUGUGUUUAUUAUAGUCGGUCUUCAUUGGUUGUUGGUCUUUACAACAAUUUGUGUGGGUAAAAAGUUCGACCAAUCAACAAAGAUAACCCUUAUCCUAAAUGCGUCACUCCGAGCGUAUCCUAUGGUGUUCUGCUUAUCGAGUAGUAUUGCAAAAAUAAGUUUUCGGAAAAAGAUAAGUGAAAACUUCAGAGCUUUCAUUUUCGUGUUCUACGGUAUCUUAUUACUGGAAAAUGCUGUCAUGGUAUUACUUGCCAACUAUAGCGAGGCUUCCCAUAUAAAUUUCUUAACGAAGAUUACAUUACCAUCAGUGUUUGUUGGAUUUUUAUUGGGUGUCUUGUUGCUUGUGCUGUACUACAAAUGCUAUCACCCUGCUAAGAUCAGGACAGAACAUAAUGUUGAAUCUACUACGUCAAACAAGGAUACAUGUCUUUUGAAAGGAAGCAAACAUAAAGACGAUAACUUUGAAAUGAAACACGUUAAGUAUUUCGUUAAUGAAGGGACUUGUUACGAAAAUAUGGAACACAAGAUUUAA